CAGAUAACACGUUUGAUGACCAGUGGGAAUCACACAAUGGUGACUGAGUUCCUCUUUUCUAUGUUCCCACGUCUGCAUGAAGGUGGCCUUUUAUUCUUUAUUCCCUUGCUUCUCAUCUAUGGAUUUAUUGUAAGUGGGAACUUGAUGAUAUUCAUUGUCAUCCAGUUGGACAUGGCCCUGCACACCCCUAUGUAUUUCUUCAUCAGUGUCCUCUCCUUCCUGGAGAUCUGGUAUACCACGACCACCAUCCCCAAGAUGCUCUCCAGUCUAGUCAGUGAGCGGAAGACCAUCUCCCUGGCUGGCUGCCUCAUGCAGAUGUACUUCUUCCACUCUCUUGGCAUCACAGAAGGCUGUGUCCUGACAGCAAUGGCCAUUGACAGGUACAUAGCUAUCUGUAAUCCUCUCCGUUACCCAACCAUCAUGACUCCCAAACUUUGUAUUCAGCUGACAGCUGGAUCUUGCCUCUGUGGCUUCCUCCUGGUGCUCCCUGAGAUCACAUGGAUUGCCACCCUGCCUUUCUGUGGCUCCAACCAGAUUCAUCAGAUAUUUUGUGACUUCACACCUGUGCUGAGCUUGGCCUGCACAGACACAUCCCUGGUAGUCAUUGUGGAUGCCAUCCAUGCAGUGGAGAUCCUGGCCUCCUUCCUGGUCAUUGCCCUGUCCUACAUCCGGAUCAUCGUGGUGAUACUGGUGAUGCCCUCUGCAGAGGGCCGUCGGAAGGCCUUUUCCACCUGUGCCGCCCACCUUGCUGUGUUCUUGCUGUUUUUUGGCAGUGUGGCUGUCAUGUAUUUGCGAUUCUCAGCCACCUACUCAGUGUUUUGGGACACAGUGAUUGCUGUCACUUUUGUUAUCCUUGCUCCCUUCCUCAACCCCAUCAUCUACAGCCUGAGAAACAAGGACAUGAAAGAUGCUAUUGGAAGGAUUUUUCGGUAUCAGAAGAGGGUUGGUGGGACGGGAAGGUAG